AUGAAAGGCCUUUGCUCGAACAAUAAGGCUGAAUAUGAAGCUUUAAUAGCCAAACUUGAGAUAUUGUUGGAAUUGGGGGCAACUCGAGUCGAAAUAAUGGGUGACUCGGAGUUAGUUAUAAAACAAAUCACAAAAGAGUACAAAUGUGUUAAAGAGAAUCUCAUCAUGUACUUCAUAAUGGCCAAUAGAUUAUUAAGAAGAUUUGAGAUGGUUAGUAUUCGACACAUACCUCGAUUGGAAAAUCAAGUGGCUAACGACUUAGCUCAAAUUGAAUCUGGAUUUAGAAUCCGAGAGACCGUCACAACAGAUCAAAGAUUAGUAUGUACUGGUCGAAAAAUGCAAGAAUUUGUUAAGGAAAUGGGUUUCAAACUAUUAACUUCUACACCAUAUUUUGCUCAGGCUAAUGGUCAGAUCGAAGCAGAGAAUAAGGUGGUAAUUAGUUUGAUUAAGAAACAUGUGGGGAAGAGGCUUAGAAAUUGGCACAAGACAUUAGAUCAGGUUUUAUGGGCGCGUCGAACCUCCCCCAAGGAAGCCACUAAUUCAACCCCAUUUCGAAUGACCUUUGGUCAUGGCGCAGUUUUACCAGUCGAGAUUUACCUAAAAUCAACAAGAAUUCAUAGGCAUCAUGAAAUUCCUUUAGAAUCAUAUUGGAACAAGAUGCUAGAUGAGUUAGUUGAUCUAGACGAGGAGAGACUCAAUGCCUUGGAAUUAUUGAAAAGGAAGAAGAAAAGAGUAGAGGAAUCUUACAAUAAGAAGGUUAAAGUUAAGACGUUUUCACCUGAAGAUUUGGUUUGGAAAGUGAUCCUUCCAAUGGAUCGAAAGGAUAAGGCCUUAGGGAAAUGGUCCCCCAAAUGGGAAUGUCCUUUUCAAAUUUUGCAAGUAUUCUCUAACGGUGCUUAUGAGAUCGAGGAGCUUAAUAAAGCUAAAAGAGUCUUAAGAAUGAAUGGAAAAUAUUUGAAAAAAUAUAAGCCAACGCUCCAAGAGAUAAAAACAAUAAACGAAUAA